CAUUCUGUCACAUUUGCCUUUAAGAGCCUCUUUGGAUUGAAGGUAAUAUAGGGGAAUGCAAGGGAAAGCAAAAAACUGACAUAAGCUGGAAGUAAACUGACAUCAGCGCUAGGAAAGCAAACCCUUCGCACCCCAGUUGUUUUGCUAAAGAAAAGUCCUGGAAAAUGCUUUUCCUUUUUAUAUGUAACUGUUUGAAUUGCAAACUUACAAAGGGAAACCUUUUUCCCUCCAAAUUUGUAGUUUAAAACAUAACAUCAGAGGCAAACACUUUUCCCCCCAUUUGACCUUUUGAAAAAAAAUCCCUUGUUGAUAGAAGAAAGGAAAUGGAAGCACUUUGCUGCAACAUCCACUGCUUCCCAAACAGUAAACCAAAGGUACUUGGAAAUCCUUGUGCUCCCAAAAUUAUGUUCAAGGUAAGAUUAGAGGUUGUUUCUCAAGGUAUGUUGGCUCCGAGGAAGUUCAUGCAGAGGAGAAAGAAAGUGGAAGUUUUUAAGGAUGCUGCUGAUGAAGCCGAUCAGAAGAAUUGGAGGAGGUUGAUGAAGGAAAUUGAUGAAUCAGGUUCUGCAGUUUCAAUACUCAGAACCCAAAGGGCCAAAUGCCAGGCUCUUCCUAGAGACCUCGUUUUGGGUACCCUUGUGAGAUUCAAGCAGCUGAAGAAAUGGAACCUUGUUGGUGAGAUCCUCGAAUGGCUCCGUAGUCAGCACUGGUGGGACUUCAAAGAGAUGGACUUUCUUAUGCUAAUUACAGCAUACGGAAAGCAAGGAGACUUCAACAAGGCAGAGAGAGUUUUAAGAUAUAUGAACAAGAAUGGUUAUCGACCAAGCGUGAUAUCCCACACAGCCCUGAUGGAAGCAUAUGGGAAAGCAGGCCAGUACAAUGAGGCUGAAGCGAUUUUCCGAAGGAUGCAGUCUUCUGGCCCUGAACCCUCUCCCUUAACAUACCAAAUAAUCCUUAAAACUUUUGUUGAGGGAAACAAAUUUGAAGAAGCUGAAGCGAUUUUUGAGAGCCUUUUGACUGAUGAGAGAUCGCCCUUCAAGCCAGAUCAGAAGAUGUUCCAUAUGAUGAUUUACAUGUAUAGGAAAGCUGGAAGCUAUGAUCAAGCUCGUAAGCUAUUCACAAAGAUGGCUGAUAGGGGAAUCCCACAAUCCACAGUUACUUUCAACAGCCUGAUGUCAUUCGAGACCAAUUACAAGGAGGUCUCAAGUAUCUAUGAUCAGAUGCAAAGAGCUGGUCUUCGACCUGAUGUCGUGAGCUAUGCCCUCCUUAUCAAUGCUUAUGGCAAGGCUAGAAGAGAAGAAGAAGCACUGGCUGUUUUUGAGGAGAUGCUGGAUGCUGGUGUCAGGCCCACGCGCAAGGCUUAUAACAUCUUACUCGAUGCAUUUGCCGUAUCAGGAAUGGUGGAGGAAGCCCGGACCGUCUUCAAAAGCAUGAGAAGGGACAGGUGCAAUCCUGACCUUUGCUCGUACACCACAAUGUUAUCCACUUACGUCAAUGCAAGCGACAUGGAAGGAGCUGAAAAGUUCUUUAAACGGCUGAAACAAGACGGUUUCAAACCCAACAUUGUGACCUACGGCACGCUGAUGAAAGGUUAUGCAAAGGCAAACAAUCUUGAAAAGAUGAUGGAGAUAUAUGAAGAGAUGCGGAUGGAGGGCAUUGAAGCCAACCAGACCAUCUUCACAACUAUCAUGGAUGCACAUGGAAAGAACAAUGAUUUCGGAAGUGCUGCUAUUUGGUUCAAAGAGAUGGGAUCAAGUGGAUUUCCCCCCGACCAAAAAGCAAAGAACAUCCUCCUAUCUUUGGCCCAGACUGCGGAUGAACAAAAGGAAGCGAAAGAGCUUGUGGGCAAUGCUGUUACUGAUCUUACCGAAGAAAAUGUUAGUCAGUCUUCUGAACUUGAUGACGAUGAUGAUGAUGAUGGCGAAGAAAAUUUCAUAUCAUUUCAAGAAAUGCAAGAUGAGUCAAUGCUUGUAAAUGGUUCAUACCCACUAACUCCAGAUGAUUCAGAAACGACAGAUUCCGAUGAUGUAUGAGUCAAGUUUUGUACUUGUAAAAAACACGUUCUUGCAUCACUCUGCUAAUAGAAGUUCAUUUUUCUUGA